AAAAGGGCUCGUCCCCCGUCCGCGGCCAUGUUUUGGUCGGUGUUUUGCUUCAACAGUGAUUGAACGAGCAUCGCCAAACGGUUCGCCUUCCUCCGUCGCUAACCUCUCUAUUAUUGCAGCAGAAAACAGCCCUUGAGCUCGUGCCGAGAACCAUUCAGCGAAGAUGGCCGCCACUCAGCCCCGCCAGAACUACCACGUCGACUGCGAAGCUCGCAUCAACAAGCAGAUCAACAUGGAAUUCUACGCCAGCUAUGUCUACGCCUCCAUGGCCUGCUACUUCGACCGUGACGAUGUGGCCCUGCCCGGGUUCCACAAGUUCUUCAAGAAGUGCUCGCACGAGGAGACCGAGCACGCCGAGAAGCUGAUGGCGUACCAGAACAAGCGCGGGGGCCGGGUGGUGCUGCAGCCCAUCGCCAAGCCCGCCCAGGACGAGUGGGGCUCGGGCCUGGAGGCCAUGCAGGCCGCCCUGGAGCUUGAGAAGACCGUCAACCAGUCCCUGCUGGAGCUGCACAAGCUGGCCACCGAGAGGGACGACGGGCAGCUGUGCGACUUCCUGGAGGGCAACUACCUGAACGAGCAGGUGGACGCCAUCAAGGAGCUGUCCGACUACGUGACCAACCUGAAGCGUGUGGGACCUGGCCUGGGAGAGUACAUGUUCGACAAGGAGACCCUGUCCGACUGAGCCCCAGGCUGCGUGGCUCCCUCCCAGCUGCCGGGGCAGCUGCUGGUUUCCAAUAAAUAGUUGCAGACGA